AUGCCUUACUACAACAGUGGCCACAGUUCCUCACCCUAUUCCAAAGAUGUGCCGAGUGGACCAUCGAAUUCAUCUGGAAGUCGAAGUGGCGGAACGGAGCCGACCUACAUGAUGGAGCACUUGGCCACUUUCACAGUCACUAAAGACACCGGAAUAGUCUACCCGGCUGACGGUAUGCGUCGUCUUCUUCAGUUGGAGAAGAGCAAUGGUAUCUGGAGCCAAAAAAUGCAGCUACGUCUAGAGCGUAAUUGGGUUUUAAUAAUGGACAACGAAACCGGGGCGGUGAUGGAACGAUUUCCAGCAGCCUUGAUCCAAGAACCAACGGCCUUUACGUCACGAGACCCGAUGGAGAUGUACAACAACAUUCUGGUGUUCACCGUGGGAGAUGACAGCGGUUCUGGGCAGCGCGCAGAGAUGCAUAUCUUCCAGUGCCAAAGUAUAUCCGCCCAGGACUUGGUCGAGGAUUUAAAGAUGCUACAAAUGGGAAAAUUAGUCCCUGGAGGUUCGCCACGUGGUCCAAGAGGACAGAUACCUCCUCCACCGGCUCUACCGCCUCCAGAACCACCGCUCAAUGGCGUUAAUGUUCGUGAGCAGGUCUCAGCAUUCAAUGCCAAUGGUCCAAAUGAUCGCGAAGAAAACAACGAUGAAGUAUCAUCGACAUCGUCUGAAAAGUACGAGCGCGAUGUGACGAUUCUCAACCACUGUUUCGACGACAUAGAAAAAUUCAUUGCGCGACUACAACACGCAGCAGCAGCCUCUCGCGAACUGGAAAGAAGACGUCGCAACCGCAAGAGCAAGAAGCGGAAUUUAGGCGACGGAAUGUUGACCAUGCGAGCAAAGCCACCUCCAGAAAUAGAGUUCAUUGACAUUUUUCAGAAAUUCAAGCUGUCAUUCAACUUACUGGCCAAGUUAAAAGCUCAUAUUCACGAUCCAAACGCUCCAGAGCUAGUACAUUUCCUUUUUACACCUCUGGCGCUGAUCGUCGAUGCCUCUCACGAUACCAACUACGACACGAAUUUGCCCAGCAAAGUGGUGUCGCCAUUGCUGACCCGCGAGGCGGUCAAUUUGCUGAUAAACUGUGUCACCAGCAAGGAAACGGAGCUGUGGCACUCGCUGGGCGACACUUGGUUGGUCCCUCGCGAUCAGUGGAAAGGCCACGUCCCGCCGUACCACCCGAUCUUCAUGGACGGCUGGUCCCCGGAGUAUCCCAUUCCAGAAGACCGCGACCACGAUCAUCUGGCCUCGCUGCUCAAUGCAGACAAGCAGAAGCGCGACGAGAUUCCCGAGCAGCAGACGGAUAAUUAUUACAAUCAUCGCGACGUCGAAGAGUCUCACUACAGCAGCGACUACCUGGAGUACGAGAGCCGCGAGGAGCGUGGCAACGAUUACUUCGACAGAAAUUACGGCCCUGGGUCGGAGCUCUACAGCAGAGAAGACCGGGAAAGAGUCGAUCAGACGCGAGCUCACAGCGACAUUUCUGUCGACUCGAUUGAACGCGGACCCCGCGGAACUCCCGCGACUGAUCGCGCUCAGGAGGCUUGGCUCGAUGACUUGCUGGCCAAGGGGGCCAAAAUUGUCCAGGUCACUUACCCGCGCACCGCAAAUAAUGACAAGGAGUUGACUGUGGUCAGGGGAGAGUAUCUGGAGGUCCUGGAUGACACCAGGAAUUGGUGGAAGGCCAGGAAUUCCAGGGGACAGGUCGCUCAUGUUCCUCACACGAUUGUCGCUCCACAUAAUCAAGCCCACGCUGGGGAUAAUGAUGUCUUUAACAACCCGCUCUACACCUCGAGAUACCAGAGACAAGGACACGGUUAUAAUUAUGAGGAUUCAGAGAUUGAAGGAACUAGUACUAGUCCUGGACCGGAAGCGACUCACAGACCUCACACUAUUCCACCACCUGCACCUGCCGACUGGGUGCGAAAAGAACGUCUGGGUAAAAAAGAAGAGCCUAAAGAAGAAAAGAAGAAACAAAAAACCCAUGGAAUAGUUCCUCCCCCUCCACCAUUACCUUCUCCUUCAGCGCCGGAAGUAAGUUCAAUCAGUUCCAGCAAAAGUGGGACUUUGAAAAGUAAUUCUUCUUACACUGAAGAAAACGGUAAAGACCAAAUGCACAAAGAGUUGAAGUAUGUGUUAACACUUUUCCGGGACAAGAAGAAACAUCUCGACGUUGUAAAGACACCUGAAAUUUUUAUUGAUCAGGAAUCAAUGCCCAGCGAAGUUCAGAACUGGCUUUCUGCUAAAGGUUUCUCUGAUAAAAUAUGCAAGCAGUUAAAAGACAUGACUGGCUCAGAGUUAUUCAGUCUAACGAAAAGACAAUUGGAACAGUACUGCGGUCUAGUUGAAGGAAGAAGAUUAGAUGGGCAGUUAACGCUUUCGCGAAAUGCCUCAGGCUAUCACACAGCAAGAACUCAUGAAUUGAAACAAAUACUCGAGAAAGCAAGGAAGAAAGUUGAAGAAACUAGCAAUCCUCCGGCGCUACGACCCCCCGGUGGAUUAUUUACCCGGAUACAGGCACGUCGGGCUUCGUCAAUAUCUUCUUACCUCAAAAAUAUUAAAAUCAACAGCUUGAACAUGAGUAUCCGCAGAGAUAACUCGCUUGCGGUUCGGGUCCCAAAUAACAAUGUCAGCAUCCGACCCUACAGCAAUAACUCCCUUUCGCGGAUACAAAUUGAAUAUUUUAGCAGCAUUUGUACUUGUAACAGCGACGAAUCUCAUGGGAUCCAUAAUACCAGCAUGGACACCCUUUUCCCAAACAACAGACAUCCUAUCCUCGACUCCGUUGACGCCGUUGGGUAUUUUGGUAAAGUCAUCUUUGCCUAA